AUUAAGAGAAUGGACCAGCACAUCUCGUCAUAGAAAAUGGAGUUGAUCGAUCAGCUGAUCUCAAGUAAACACCAACAGCUGUCACGGACAUGACUGGCUGAUUUGACAGGGGCGAAAAAGCAGUCAAAAUUGAAACGAAGGCUUACUUAGGGAAGGCCUGGAUGUGGGCAGCGGCAGUUGGCGGACUGCUGGCAGCAUGGGGCAUAGGAGCGGUGUGGGGCUGGGGGGGGAGUGUGGGGAGUGUUGGCGUGGUGCUUCCCCUCUCCCUCAUUGUAGGCGGAGUUGCAGCUCUGGUCUUGGGAGCAACGUUGACAAUCACGGCACACAUUAUGUUGUCAGCCAAACAUCAGGUUACAGUAAGAGUUCCAGAGGAGAUACCAGCCUUGCACAGUCUCAUUGCUAGUAUCCGAUGUGAAUCAGAAACGUCAAUGCCAUCAUGCCAUGGAGUUGUCAUCAGCCGCAAGAUUGAUGCCGCCAUCAAUGAGCUCAUUGAUUUGUUCAUUGAGAACAACGUAACACCAUGGUACUCAUCUCGGGUUAGUGAUCCUGCACCAAGCAUCGAGAUCCUCAGGAGUGUAUUAUGGUAUAGUAUUGUUGUUAUAAACGAGAGAGUGACACGUAUGGAUCAAGUGCGGUUCUUCACUGGCGGUGUGGCCACUUGUCUCACUCGGCAUCUUGAACACAUUAGAGUUGCUCAGGCUGCUGGAGAGGCUCGAGGUGAGAGAGGCAUUUUCCAUUUGGUUCCCCAACUGAGCUCACCAGAGAGAGAGAUAAACUUUCUGAGGUUGGUGGCAGAACUCCUGGUGUCUCGGUGUCUUCCCCCUGAGUACUCACGGUGCACCCCAUUGCGGACAUUGCUCAAGGAAUUACUGGCCUGCAAAGUGUUUGAGCCCAUGAUAGACCGUGUUUGUGACCCAGACUGGAUCAACCAAAGGUUAGUAUCAUACCUGAGGCAACAGCAAGCAGCUGAGGAGCUACACCGCCGCACCUACAUGUAUGCAGCCAGCUACGAGGACUUCAUCACCUUGAUCCAUGACUCGACUGAUAUCCACGACUUGGAACACUUGAGCUUUGACAACUUCUUAGAGUUGGUUUUAGCCUCUGAAAGCACAGAAGAUAUAAUGAGGAUAAGGCGCAAUAUAAUCAACGAAAUAAUGCAAGCUACUGCUAUCAAUAAUUUGAAGAAAGCCAAGGGAGUAGACCUGAGUCGAGAAAGCACUCCACAGGGUUCUGGGAAGGGGGAUUUACUUCAGGCCAGAAAUCUUAAGCGUUACAUCAACCAGCUUACAUCGCUUCAGAACCUCCCUGGCAGGAAGAUUCUCAUGUUCCAAGCACUCCUAGAAUCUGCCUUUGCAUGCCGCUACUUUUCCAUCUACUUGGACGAGAUUGGCCAGGGAGCACUCAUCAGCUUCUGGUCAGCUGUGCAGGAGGUUCGUCAGUCAGACAAGAAGCUGCAUCACCAGUUGGGUACUGAAAUUUAUUACACUUACCUCAGUCCAAAUCCACCUCCUGUAAAGGUUGAUAAGCCCACACUUCGAGGAGUCGAGGCAUUCCUGCUAGGAAACAGAGGCCCUGAAGUACUCUAUGAAAUAGGGGAAGAAGUGGAACGUACCCUGGAGGAACGUCACUACACUGGUUUCCUUGUGUCGUCUACCUACCAUGCCAUGCUCCAUCAGGCUGCUGUGCAGGGUGUAGACUUCAUGACUGAGUGUGCUGAGGAAGGGGGGACAGGUAGCACAGAGGGCAGUAGCACAGAAUCAAUUGAGCAAGUACAGCUUCAGCUCUCUGAUCAUUCCACUUAUGCACGGAACAAAUUAGCUCAUUUGCAGGAGCGGCUCAAUAAUAAACUACUGGCCCUGCAAGCAAUGAGACAAAGUGCCAAAGCAGAUGCCAAAGUCAUAACUCAUCUGGAAGGGGAGAUCAACCAGCUGCGGAGCGACCACAAGGUGCUAGAGACACAUGUGGAGAGAACUGUCCUCUGGAGCGACAACAUUGGGCGAUGGAGGGUUCACGUCCAAAGUGUGCAGUUGGUUGAAGAAAAGGACAUCCCACACUUGGUCCUCUUGGUACACCUAGGUUCAGAGGACUCGAAGACUUCUUCAUGCCAAGACCUCUCCUCGACAGCCAUUACCUCAUCGUCUUCCUCAGCCUCUUCUUCUUCCUCUUUAUCAUCGGGUGUGGACAGUCUGGAGUCUUCACUGGUGAGCUCAGGACCUGGCAAUGGCUGGGUCGUUGUGAGAAAGCUUCCCCUACUUCUGGAUCUCCACAGAAAGUUAUGCCAAAUUGGUCCAUGGAUGAAGGCUGUAGAACUCCCCACAGUACCAACCAAAAUACUUUUUGGAAAGGCUGCUGACAAAACCCAGCUAGAAAAAGUACGAAGCGUAGCACAGAAUUAUUUUGAUGCUGUGCUUAGUGAUGAGAAGCUCUCUGGAUCAGAGCUCAUUUAUGCCUUCCUCUCACCUUCCCCUGAGCACUUGAAGCAAGCAGGAACACAGCGCAAAAAGUCAAAAUUUUCAUUUUCAACAUUCUUCAAAGGUGGAGAUGGUAAGAGUGACAGUGAUGAGGAAGACCUAAGUUUAAUGAUGGAUGGCAGUGAGGCUGCAGUUGAUGGAGGUGUGGGUGGAGAUGCAGGCAAGGACUCCGUUGCUGAGCCGCUCUUUUCCUUCUUGGAGGAACUGUGCGAACUCCGGGGUGUGAGCAAGUGGCUCCGCAAAACUCUCAUUUCUUUUGUUCAAAUCACAUAUGGUAAAACCAUCACAAAACAUGUUCGUGAAACAGUGUCCAGUAUGCUGAGUGAAUCAAUGGUGCUGUAUUACAUACACACAGUCAAAGAUAAUCUGUGGCCCUCUGAAGAUGAGAUUCCAGCUACAGAACUGCCUCGUACUGAAGAUGAUAAACUGCGAACCAGAUACGAGGCUCGGGAGCAGUUUGUCAAUAACUUACCUGUGCUCCUGUGCACACUGGUGGGUCAACAGAAUGCUCGCAGAGGUGCCACAAAACUUUUUACAACACUUCAGCAUCAUGCACUUAACAAAAAUCUUUUUUACAAUGUUCUGAUGCUGCUAAAAGAAUUGUUUCCUGAACUACAAGAGCAUAUAGAAAAGAAAACAUGAAGUGCAUUAUACAGUGAAUUUAACACUUUA